CGGGCGUUCGGUUGCUGAGCAGCGCACGCAAAUUGGUGGCUGGGGUGGCCGGGCGCGUGCCUGGGACCGUGUGAGGAGCGGGGCCGACGGACUGAGCCGUUAUCUGAGGCGGUUGGUGGUCGGGUGGGCGUGUGCCGUCGCGAGGCUUUGUCGCGAGGAAUGUGAGAAGCCCAGGGUUGGUUUUUGGUUUUCUCGCCCCCACCGCGAGCUCUCGCCGGCUCCGGGCUUUCCCUCGCUCGUUUUGCGGCCGCCGUUUUUGUCUCCCGCAGAGGCUGUUCCCCGACCACCACCACCACCCGGCCUCCCCCUGUCAGCGCCCCGCGUGAUGUCGUGAUCUCCGGGCGGACGUGUGAAACCAGGGAGGCGGCGGCGGCGGUGCUCAGGUGGCGGCGGUGGCGGCUGCUGCUGCUGCCGCUGCAGCCGCCGAUGGGGCUGCUCCGGAUUAUGUUGCCGCCUAAAUUGCAGCUCUUGGCGGUGAUGGCGUUCGGGGUGUCCGUCCUUUUCCUGGAGAAUCAGAUUCAGAAACUGGAGGAAUCCCGCGGGAAGCUCGAGAGGGCUAUUGCAAAACACGAAGUUCGGGAAAUAGAGCAACGCCAUACAGUAGAUGGCUCUCGAUCAGAUCUUAUCCCAGUUGAAGAUGAUGAUGUAGUGAUCAUUUACAAUCGAGUACCUAAAACUGCAAGUACAUCUUUCACAAACAUUGCAUAUGAUCUUUGUGCGAAGAAUAAGUAUCAUGUUCUUCAUAUCAACACAACCAAAAACAAUCCUGUUAUGUCUCUACAAGAUCAGGUACGUUUUGUGAAGAACAUAACUUCAUGGAAAGAAAUGAAACCAGGAUUUUAUCAUGGACAUGUAUCUUUCUUGGAUUUUGCAAAAUUUGGUGUUAAAAAGAAACCAAUAUACAUCAAUGUCAUAAGAGAUCCUAUAGAACGGCUGGUUUCUUAUUAUUACUUCCUGCGCUUUGGUGAUGAUUACAGGCCUGGACUCCGAAGGCGAAAGCAAGGGGAUAAAAAAACCUUUGAUGAAUGUGUAGCAGCUGGAGGCUCAGAUUGUGCUCCGGAGAAACUCUGGCUUCAAAUACCAUUUUUCUGUGGGCAUAGCUCUGAAUGCUGGAAUGUGGGAAGCAGAUGGGCUUUGGAACAAGCCAAAUACAACUUGAUUAAUGAAUAUUUCCUAGUGGGAGUUACUGAAGAGCUUGAAGACUUCAUUAUGUUGCUGGAGGCAGCUUUGCCUCGCUUCUUCAGGGGUGCUACAGAAUUAUAUCGAACAGGUAAAAAGUCUCAUCUUAGGAAAACGACGGAGAAGAAGCUCCCCACAAAAGAAACCAUUGCAAAGCUCCAGCAGUCUGAAAUCUGGAAAAUGGAGAAUGAGUUCUAUGAAUUUGCUCUUGAGCAAUUUCAGUUUGUCAGAGCCCAUGCAGUUCGAGAAAAAGAUGGAGAGCUAUAUAUUCUGGCACAAAACUUUUUUUAUGAAAAGAUCUACCCCAAAUCAAACUAAAGACGAUGCAUAUUUUUAGGUUAAGAAAACAAACCUUGUGGUCACAUCCUUGUUCUCAGCACCAAUUUGUAGAUGAUUGAUAAAUCCACUGAAGUGCUUUGAUCUUGAGCUCGAUAGAGUGCACUGUAUGUCGCUGGAAGAAGAUAGCUGAAGACUAGACGUUGAUCACCUCUAAGUUUAAACUUCAGUUUCUUUAAUAUUCUAAAAGAAGGUUAUUACUUAGACCUUGCACAAAGAUUUACAGAAAUUAAGCACAUAUCAGUUGUAGUUGAAGUUUAGGUGAAAAACUUCCUUUUAUUGUCUUCUUGAUUCAUAGGACAGCUUCUUUUACCUAAUGCAGUGCAGAGAGGAGUUGGUUCAAGAUCGAAAUUUGGGUUGUAUACACUUAUGAAUAAUAUAAAUAACUGGCCGACAUUUGUGCUUUGUUCUUGUGAAUUCAUAUCACCUGACAUUCGUUGGAAUGUUCACCUUCUAAGAAAUGAUGCGGCUGGACGUGCCCGAAUUUAUAAAUAAUGGAUUUUCAUUUUAAGAAGUUAGAACUGGUCAUCAGUGUUUUUUUAAAAAAAAAUCAAAAUUCUAUAGUAAUAUUGUAAAAAGGCUGAAAAUCACUCAGUGUUUCUUUAAUAACUUUUGAACCUCCGUCUUACAUUGGAAAAACUGUAAAGAAGUUAGGUUUUGCCUACACUUCAGUGUAAAACAGAUAAUGGAUUCUGUAUCAAUGUUCCAUGAAUUCUUUGUAUUUUUAACAACUACUGGCAAAUCCAUAUUCUGACUCAAACAGUGAGCCUGUGGUAUGGUUAGGGUUUUCCUAUUUAGAUACUUUUACCAGUAGAAUAUUUUUACUAAGGUGCUUUACAAUGUGUUUUAAAGCAUUGCAUUUGCAAAAGGAGGAAACAGCUGUAAAUAAUGCAUAUUUUAUGUAUUGGACCAAAAGGUUAGAAGUAAAUUGUUUAAAGUGUCUUUGCAACAAUUUUGUUGGAUGAAAAGUAAAAAUGAUCCAAUUUGCUGUUCCAAUACCCACUUUGAAUUAACACUUGGACAUCACUGAAACAUGCUUUGGUGAUUUCAACAAAUUUAAAUAUACAGUGUUUCUGCCCCAGGGUCUUUUUUCUUUCUUUCAGAAAACAUCUUCAUCUUUUUAUCAUGAUUAAAAGGAAAAAGGAAAACUGAUGCAUGUAUCCUGGCCAAGAGAGAUAGAAAGAAAUUGAUAUCAGUGUAUAAUCAUUGAACUGCCUUAUGUUAUUUAGUAAAAUUGCAUUUGCCGCAGUUAGCACCUUACAACAUAAAUGAGAUUGUUUAGCAAUUAACAUUCUGAAAUGUUAUAUCUUAAACAACAAGAACAUUUGCAGUUCUUAAAAUUCCCUGCUGGUGCACAGUUCUACUUGAUUUAAAAAAAAAUAGCAUUAAGGUUUGAAGAGUUUUAAAACAAUCAGUUAAAAAACAGCCUUUGAAUUUCACAUUCAGUAGAGUGCUAAAAGUGUAGUUGUAUUGAGAGGAAAAUGUUAUCAAAAGUGUGUAUCUAUUAUACAGACAAAACAGGUUCUAUCUAUAAUUGAAUGUUUUAAUGCCAAAAACACAAUACUGUUAUAAUAAGGUAAUGAGACUGUUAAGUAAAGCUUUUACCUUUAUGUAUAUUUUACUUUGACUACUUCUUAAGAUGGCACUGCUUUCCUACGAAGUGUGCUUUUGUUUAGUUGACAAAUGCUGAUUAAGUUACUUCCCUAUAUUACCAUAAGUCUGACUGUUUUAUGGCCAUUUAAGUCCAGCUGAAUGAGUUAUGGGGAAAUGCAGUAAUUCUUACUAGACUAUUUAAAAUAUAUUAAAACUUAGGAACCUUAAAUGUGGAAUGUUGACAGCUCAACAAAAAUGCUGAUUGUCCAGGCUAAUGGUUAUAUAGUUUGCCUGUUUUCCAUUCUUGUAUGCUGGGAAGAGAAUUUAAGGUUCUGCUUCAAAACAAGGGGUUGUGCAACAUAAUCUGAACUUGUGUCACCAUGGAGAUAUAAACUUGACACUGCAGAUUAUUUCCAAAAAUAAGGAGGGUCCUCCUCCUUAACAUGGUACAGAUUACAUGGGAUAUCCGUCCUUACAGAUUCUCCACUAUGUGGAUGUAUUUUAAAGGAAAGAGUGUUUUGUCUACUAAUUAGGCAUGAGCUGCUUUGCCUUUAGGUGUAUCUUUAUUACUUCAGGUGCAUUUUAGAUACUCAGGCAAUGAUAUCUACAGUUACCUGGGAUUAAACCCUAAUUGAACACAUUGGGAUUCAUGAAUGAAUGAAUGCAUAUGAUUAUGCUGGCAAUAUUGUAAAAUAUGCAGCAAGUGGGUAAAAAGGUCCUUUUUUAUUUCCUAAAUGCUCAUUUUGAAAGCAAGCUGUAGCAGCUGUAUAUCUUUUAGUUUAGUUAAUUUAAAUCAUAAAUGAAUUAUAUUUGGAUUCAUGAGAUAUCAUUGGAUACUAUUGUACUCCAUUUAGGGAAAAUAAUGUUAUUCAUGACUAUUUAGUGCUAGAAACUGUAUGAAAAGUUGCUGCAAUAUUAAGAUAUUGGCAGAAAAUUUAAAAAUGUAUGAUUACAUUUAAACUGAAACACAAUAUUUUGAGACCCACAGCGCUGCUAUUGCAUCUUACAUUUAAAAACAUAUGUAUUUUAUUCCCUUUUAAAGAAAUAAUUGAAUGUUUAUAAAGUAAAAUAUAGGCUUCUAAACAUUUGACAUAAACUUACAAAUUACAUAAAUUAAUUAAAGCAGGACAUAGUUUACACAUUUCAACAGUAUUGAAAGUUUUAUUAAUGAAUUAUUUAUCUUCUUAAAGAAGGUUGUUUGACUAUGAUUUUACUUCACAACUAAAAGCAUAGUUUAAAAGGCCAAUUUCUAUUCAUUUAAAAAGAAUCUUUAAAGCAGUACUGUUUGAAUCUUGCCAGUCAAAGAGAGGGUGGUCAGAGCUUUGAUCUUUAUAGAACUACGUUAUCUCUUGUUAGUUAAUAGUUAACAUUCUCUGAUUUUUGCUACAAUAAUUGACUUACUUGUUCCCUAAAUACUUUUCUUCUAAUCACUUGCUGUUUCUGGAUAUUCCAUUUAGAAUUCACGGAAAGUUUAGUUGUGCUUUUUGUGGGGGAGAGAUGAAAUGUAUAACAAGGACAAAUAAGAUACUUUUAUGUGGGGGAGAGAUAGGGCAUAUCGUACAGUGUGGCUGAGGUCUCAUUUUUAAUCUUAAACUUGAAUAUAGUUGUAAACACGGGCAUACAGGAACAAAAGGCUGUGUCAAACUCAGGCUUGAUUUGAAAUGUCUUACUGGAAUGACUAGAGGAAUUUAAACUUACUCAAGAAUUUUAAAAAUGUAACUAUGGAAGAUCUAUAUAGGAAUAUGCUUCAGCUCAUUUCUACAUGCCCUUAUCCAUGUGGAAGUAAGACUAUUUUAUGGACAAAGUUUGUCUUCAAAUCUCCCCUAUCAAGAUCAGGAAAUCAAGAGUAGAAGUUGGUAUGGAUUGGCAUCUUCAGAUUGUAUUGAUGACCCAUCACCCAAUAGGAUGUACAAUAUAAUGUGAUCUAGUGUACUUCUAAGGUGUUCCAGGAAAGGCUGUUAAUGGUAGAAUUAGCAUUAAAAAUAAACACCCUUUUCUCACUGUUUCCUGUUCUGGGAAACCACAGAAAGACUUGUAAAAAUGAAAAAGUGUUUUGAUCUUACAGCUUUUAAGUAUGUUUUGAAAUAAUUACAAAGUUUAGAUUUUUCUCCUUUGCUGCACACAAAAUGGAUAUAAAAAUUCUACACACCCCUGUUUAAAAUGUCAGGUUUUUGAGAUCUAAAAAAAUCAGAUUAAGAUAAAUCACUUCAGAAUGUUGUCACCUUUAACAUACAAGCUGUACAAUUCAAUUGAAAAACAAACUGAAAUCUUUUUUUGGGGGGGAAUAAAAAAAUAAUAUGGUUAAGUCUGUACAUUCUUAAACUAAUACUUUGUUGAAUAACUUUUGGAUUUUAUGACAAAAUUCACACUUUUGGGAUUGGAGCCUAUCAGUACGGCCCAUCUUGCCUUGGAAAUUUUUACCCACACUUGCUUGCACAAGCGCUUCAAAUCUGUCCCAUUUGGCCAAAUUAUGGCCAAAAACCCAACCUUAGUCUCAUCAGACCAUAAUACAUUUUCCUGCAUGUUUUUUUUUGCUUGGUGUACUGUAGUUUUUGCACAAUGUAGCUGGGCUUGGAUGUUUUCCUUUGUAAAAUAAAAUUUAAAAAAGGCUUCUUUCUUGCCACCCUAAUCCCAUAGGUCAGACAUAUGAAGAAUACAGGAGAUUGUUGUCACAUAUAGCACAAUAAGAUCUUUUUGAUGCUUUGUAACUUUGCAGGCACAGCUUUUGCUGUAAGAGUAAAUGUCUGACAAAUCCUACAACAACUGAACUUCAUAUGAGCUUGAUCAGAAUCACUUUAGUUGAUGGCAAGUGUGUACUGACUGCUACUUAAUGUCAAUUUGAAUGAGAUUGGUUAAUUCUGAACACAGCCACAUCUCUAUUUAUAAGAGUGUGUUCAAGGGGAAGCAGCCAUAUUGUACUUUUUUUUUCCUCCUAAAAGAUUUCAGUGUGUUUUUCUCUUGAAUUGUACAGCAUAUAUGUUAUAUUAAAGGCAGACAAAGUUCCGAAAUGAUUUAUCCUGGUCUGAUUUCUUUAUAUCACAAAAACAUGGCAUUUUAAUAGGUAUGUAGACAUAUCCCUGUAGAGGAUAGUUUACAUUUCAGGCAAAAUGUGAGUACUGGCUCUGAUUGCAUGUAGGAUUGACACAAUAAGAAUUGUUUGGUACCCUUCAAAUAUAGGAGCAAAUCAUGGUUAAGUUCUUUUUUUUCAUCUCUCCUAAUGAUUUCUGGGCAUAAUUCUAAACUGAUUCUAAACUGAACAGCCAACACAAACUGGGCCUUUUGUUACCUCUAAAUUAAUAUUACAUAGUCUACUAUAAAUGGAUUGUCCAGCCACCUGUAACCAUGGUUGUAGUUGAUUACAUGCUAUGGAACUGGAUGAUGGAUCAUGACGAGCCUAGUUUCCUGUUACAUCUGAAUUGUAUUUGAGUCUGUAAGCUCUGCAAUCUUUCAAUUAUUGGGUCUCCUGAAAAAACAGGAGUCCUCAUUGGUGACACUCUAUAAAGAAGAUCAUUGAAUAAUCUUCUAACUCUGAGUAGAAGCAUUUUUCCUUCAUAACUGAGUAUGUGGGCUCAAGAAGCACCUUACCUGUUGUUUUUUUUGAUCAAAACUACAAAUGUACUUUUUCUGAAACAUUAAUUUUUUAAAAUUUAAAAAUAAAAUGGGGCUGGUGUAGAGAAACCACGAAAACAAAAUCGAUUAUCAAAGACUGUCAAAUAGUAGCUAAACAGGAUUUAUAUUUCAGACUCAAUACUCUAUACUACACUAUUAGAAUUGACUUUCCCAUCUAUCUUUCAGCAAGCAUAACUUGUUUCAUCAGGUGUUUUUUUUUUUUAAGAUUGUAUAUGUCAAAUUAAGUUUGUAUUAAAUAUUGAGUAACGUAUAUUCCUUAAAGGUGGAGCCCAUAGUAAAGAUAAUUAUUAGUUUGGAAGAUAAAAUUCCUUAAAAUAUUUUAAUGCAUGCAAUUAAAGAAUUUGAUUAGUAGGACCUCUUGAAUGAAGUUAAAAGAAUUGCUUUAUAAAUCUUUCGGCUAUGGGAGGUGGGUAGUGAUAUUCUGAUAUAUUUUGUAAAUCCAAAUAUUAUGAAAUAUGUAUAUUGUAAUGUUUAUAAUAGUAUUCCCCAAAUCCAGUGAAUUAUUAUACAAAAGCACCAUGCCUGCGAGAGAUGGAGUCACAUGAGUGGGGGGUGGGGGGGUGCAGUUGUUAUGCACAUUGUUGCCCUGAAAAAAAUGAGAAAUUUGCCUGCAAAAGGGGAAUUCGUCUGAUUUUGGAAUUAAAAGAAAGUUGUGGAAAGUAUAUUAUUGUGUAGACCUUGUGCGUGUCUGCUUCACAGGCUAAAAUUGCCUCUUGCUAAGCCGUUUCUGUACAUGCCCAAAUUUGAACACAUGCCUGCCUUUCAGUAGAUUACAAUGUAGAAUCAGCUUUUUGAAAUCAUGUGCAUUGGAGAACAAAACCGCUUUAAUAUACAUUUCAACUGUUACACUUUUUCUCCAAAUACAGGUAGUCCUCGACUUACAACAGUUCCAUUAGUGACCGUUCAAAAUUUACAACGGCACUAAAAAAAGUGACUUAUGACUUUCACACUUGCACAUUUUUCUCCAUGGUCAUGUGACCAAAAUUCAGAUGCUUGCAAUUAACUCAUAUUUAUGAAGGUUGCAGCAUCCCGGGGUCACAUGAUCCCUUUUUGGGACUUUUUGACAAGCAAAGUCAAGGAGGAAGCCAGAUUCACUUAACAACAAUUUGUCUAAUUUAACAACUGCAGUGAUUCACUUAACUCUGGCAAAAAAGGUCAUAAAAUGGGCCAAACUCACUUAACUAAUGUUUCACUUAGCAACAAAUUUUGGGCUCGACUGGUCGUAAAUCGGGGACUGCUUGUACUUAACUUGCAGAACUUGAUGCACAUAGUAAAGUAAGCUUUUGCAAUGUCAGAAUUUUAGCAAACCGUGCUUCAAAAUGUACAGUGGGUUUAUACAUAAUUUGUUCAAAUGCUGUAUAUUCAGAGUUCUCAAAUUAUUAGAAAUUAACAGUAACAUUGUUUUCGAAAUCUAUUACAUAAGGGAAAGGUGAUCUCUUUAAGAAUUGUUUUUUUAGAUAUUUUGCAUAUCUAAACGAAAGCAGCUAAAACUUACUUCCCUAUUAUGAACAUUAUUCCCUGUCUAUGUUCUAUGUAAAAUAAAGCCUCUAUGAUUUCAGUAAGAUUUGCUUUUACACUAACUUUUCCAGCAUUGAAGCUGAAAGAGGUCUUGGAAACAUUUUCUAUAUUCAGUGCCUAAUCUCUGCUACUAUGGAAAACCUGCUGAAAAACCUCUGCCAUGUGCACUGCCAAUUAGCUCUUAAGAGUGGAGCAUCCUGUGAUCACUCAAGUUCAAACUAGAACAAGUGUCAUCAAUGAUUAGUUGCCAAGAUAUACUGUAUCUUAAGCCCAUGUAGGUAUGUAACCUUUUGCACCUAUUUAGAAAUAAAAGCCCUUGUGAUUUUUAUAUAUAUCCUUUGAAAAAAAAACUGUUCAGAUGCUUGGAUUUCUCUCAUUCAAGUUUUGGUGAGCUCAACUGUAGUUUCUAUAUUAUAGUAUUUCAGAAGCAUUGAAUGUAAUUUUGAGAAUAUAGAUUGUGACUCAUUAUCUUUUAAGAUACACAUCUAAACUAGUGCCUUUUUCCUCACAGUCUGUGUUAGAAGAUACUCUUCCUUUUCUCAUAUGGAUUCAGUUGUUCAAUACUCUCCCAAAUAUAAAAGCAUAUUGCCACGGCUAUUUGAUAGAAUUGCUUUAUUAUUUUCCCUUUACUUUGCUAAGAGCUUUCUCUUGUUGAGUGUUUCAGUUGAUUUACCUAAUGCAAAUGAUACAAAAAAUAAAGCACCCAAUGGGAAUGGGGGAAUACAA